UACAACGUACGGAUUAAUACUGAGAGGAUCAACCAUCCUAUAUAAGCAUAUAUACGCCCCUUAAGCCUCCUCGCUACCACACAUACGCCUCAAGUUUGUUAUUCAUAAAUAAGUUCCUUUUCCAACAUGGCUCUUUUCUCGGAUAGUAUUUUUAAUUGUUGUGUUCUUCUUUUGUUAUGUACUCUUUCUUGCUGUUUAUGUGUAUUUGGUGUAAAAUUAGAUGCUGAAUAUGUGGUCAAAAUGCGAUCGUUGCAGCCUAGCGCAGUUUGUUCCUCGUCUAAAGAUUCAAAUCUGUCGAGGCUGACGGUCGUCCAUCGGUAUGGACCGUGCUCACCGCUCCAGAUGGAGGAAAAACUGUCGCACGAGCAAAUCAUUGACAAUGACCGAGCUCGAGUCGACUCGCUCCACCAUCGUCUUUCUACCGCAUCCAAUGUCGCGGGCAAAGGUGGCUUGCUGGACGUGUCGAUCCCUGCCCACACCGGCAACUUACUUAGUACCGGCAACUACAUCGUGAAUGUGGGCAUCGGAACUCCUAAACAGGACUUCUCCGUUGUCUUCGACACCGGCAGCGACAUCUCCUGGAUCCAAUGCAACCCCUGCAACCAUUGUUACCCACAAAAGGACCCGCUCUUCGACCCAGCCAAAUCAUCCACAUACAGCAGCAUCAGCUGCAGCUCGGAUGAGUGCACGCAACUUGACUCGCACAGCUGCUCUGCCUACGGGAAGUGCCGCUACGAUGUCAAAUACAGUGACAACUCCACGUCCACGGGGAACUUCGGCAGCGACACGCUGACUCUGAGUCCCUCCGACUUGCUGCCAAACUUUAUGUUUGGUUGCAGUGACAGCAGCAGCGGAGUCAUUGGUCGGACCGCCGGUCUGAUCGGUUUAGGCCGCGAGAAGUCCUCGCUGAUUUCACAGGCGUCGCAAAAGUACGGUGCGGUCUUCUCCUACUGCCUCCCGUCACUCUCGAGCUCAACAGGCUACCUGUCGAUUGGCAGCGGCGGCCCGUUACCGCCGAACGUACAAUACACCCCAAUGAUAAGCUACGCAAGCGAUUCAUCAUCGUACUACGUAAAACUGGUGGCGAUCAAAGUCGGAGGCAUGAAACUAGAUAUAAGCCAGACGGUGUUGUCGGCGGCCGGGACGGUGAUGGACUCCGGGACGGUGAUCACCAGACUGCCGCAGGCCGCGUACUCUGCGAUGCGCGCCGUGUUCCGCCAGCACAUGACGAACUAUACAGCGGCGCCGGCACUGUCGAUACUGGACACGUGUUACGACGUGAGCGGGCGCGGGAAGAUAAAGGUGCCGGCGGUGGCGCUGGUGUUCGACGGCGGGGCGAGCCUAAAUUUGGGGUUCGACGGGAUAAUUUACGGCGGCCCAUCGCAGGCUUGUUUAGCAUUUGCAGGCAACACGAAAGCCGACGAAGUGAGCAUCAUCGGAAACACGCAGCAGAGGAAGUUCACCGUCGUGUAUGAUAUCUCCAAUCAAAGGAUUGGGUUCGGUGCCCACGGCUGUAGCUGAUUAAUUUGGGAAAAGAAAAAAAAAAAAACAAAGAAGAAUUGCACGGAUCGAAAAUCACCUCUCCUUACGUUCUACUGCUACAAAA